GACCCUCUCGUCAUGGUCUGUCUUGCUGUGCGGCAACUCGGCGUCGUCGUGCCGGUAUCAACCGCCGCCCCGAUGCUCCGAGCCGCGAACGACGCGUUUCUAUCCGGUCGCCCCUACGCGGCCGCUGUGAUGCUCAGAGAGGCCCUUCGACGGCACCUUGCCGCCGAGUGCCUCAGUAACCGCCUGGACUCCGAGGGCGACUGUACGGCCCUCCUAGAGCGUCUGAAGACGGCUAGCGUGAAGGUCAAGAGUUGGUUCGCCGACCUGCUGAUUGAGAUCGACGACGUUCUCGCCAUGCGGGCGGCUGCCAAGUGCGCUAUGAGCGAUCAACCAAAACUACCCGCCGGUUGGGACGACGACGACACGCCCGUCGUGACGCAGGCCAGCAGCAACCCACCGAUCAACCCGCCGAGGAUCAUCACCGGCACGCCCGAGGAACCGGACGGACCCGUCACCGUUAUCGAGUGGGCGGAGCUAUACGGCCAAGUGAACCCGCGGAUCACCAGCCCGCGCACGAUGGACCGUUACCGCACGACGAUCAACAACUUCGACGUCUGGCUCGGCCGACCGUCCACGCCGGAAGACCUGACCGCCGACAACUACGGCCGCUGGGUCAACCAUCGCCGCAACAUCGAUCACGUUGCGGCCGGAUCGCUCCGAGGCGAGUGCGAGAAGCUGCGGGCUGUCUGGAAGUGGAUCGCCCAGCGCAAGGGGCUGCCCUUCCCGGAUACGCACCUGCCCCGCAAGGUCGAGAACGUCCCCGAGACAUGGGUCCCCGAGCAAGUCGCCAAGAUCGACGCGGCGGCCCGUCGGGCGGACUGGUGGAUCGGCGGAGUUCCGGCCAACCUCUACUACCCGGCGAAGAUCGGCAUCGCGGUCGAGACGGGCGAGCGACACGCCGCUAUCCACGUCCUGCGUUGGGAGGAUAUCGACCUGGAGAAUGGGACCGUCACGUUCCGCCCCGAGACGCGCAAAGGGCGGGUGAAGGGGUCCCGCAAGCGGAUCACGGCCGCCGUGGUUCACGAUCUUCGGAUGCUCAAAGUCGUGAGCCCGGGGACGCCCUUCGAGGUUGUCUCGCUGGCGUCGCUCUAUCACUCAAUGCGCCGGCUGCUGAUUGAAGCGGGAUUGCCCAACGGUCGGAACAACAUGUUCCACAGCUUCCGCCGCUACCAUGCGACGCAGGUUCAUCUUGCCGGCGGUGACGCAUCGGCGGCGUUGGGUCACAGCGACCCUUCGCUAGUCCGCAAGAGCUACAUCGACCCGACGCAGCUACCGACGAUCAUUCCUUCGGUGCGAAAGCCGGCCGCCAAGCCGGUCCCGAAGAAAGAAGAGAAGCCCGGCGGCAUCUUCGGUUGGCUUCCACGACUGGGGAGGGAUUACUUGGCGGGUCGAGAAACGCCCCCGUGCAAGCGGACCGUGCGACGCCUUCGAGCCGUCCCGCGGUCGCUCGCCGAGUUCCUCGACCGUGAGCCCUCGACCGCCGACCUAAACGCCGAGACGGCCCGGGGCUGGUUGGCGUGGCGCGCCCAGACGGUCAACGAGCUGAGCAUCGGCCACGAUUCUCGGAUGCUGGUGCAAGUGUGGCGCUGGUGCUACCGCAACUGCUAUGCGGACGAGCCGGUGACGUACUUCGAGAUUCAGCCCGGCGGCUAUCGGCGCUUCCGACCGCGGGGCUGCCCUGACGCCGAGCCGGGGGCGCUGACGAAGGAAGCGCAGCGGGCACGAUCGACUAACCCAAAGGUGAAAGCCCCGCCCCGGCCGGACGUCGGUUGUUCACCACCAACCCCAGGGGAGCAACCAAUGCGAGCGUGGCUAUUCCAAGACACCCGCCAAAAGCAAAAGCUCGGCGACAAAUGCCCGUGGUCCGUCGGCUGGCUGGACCCGGACGGCAAACGACGGUCGAAGCGCGUCGGCGCCAAGUCGAUGGCCGAAAAGUUCCGACUGAAGAAAGAGACGGAGCUAGAGCACGGCAUCGCGUCGCCUCGUGCGGUGACGUGGGCGGAGUUCCGCAAGCAGCACGCCGAAGCGAUCCUCGAAGGCAUGAGCCCGAACAAUCGGGAAGCAACCGAGAUCGCCUUUCAGCACUUCGAGCGGAUCAUCGACCCGAAGCGGAUGGUGACGAUCAACACGCAGACGGUGGACCUCUACCGGACCCGUCGCAAGCGAGAGCAAGCGAGGCCGAAGGCGGCGGACAAGUCAGCGAAGGGCAGGGGGGAGGGCGCCACGGUCUCAUUGGCUACCGUCAACAAAGAGCUACGGCACCUGCGGGCGGCAUUCAACAAAGCCGAAGAGUGGGGGAUGAUCGCCAAGGCCCCGAAGUUCACGAUGGAAUCCGUGCCGAAGCGUGACCCGGCGUUCGUCGAUGACGCCACGUUCGCCAAGCUGUACGCGGCUUGCGAGUCGAUGGCCCGCCCCGUCCAAACGCAUUGCGAGCCGCAGGAGUGGUGGCAGGCGUUGCUGACGUUCGCCUACCUGACUGGCUGGCGGAUCGGGGAAAUCCUCGAACUGCGUCGCGACGAUAUCAACUAUUGCGAAGGCGUCGCGUUCCUGCCGGCCGAGAAGACGAAGGGCAAGCGGGAUAUCCGGGUGAAGCUGCCCGAGGCGGUUCUAGAUCACGUUAAGCGGAUACAGUCGUUUGACGAGUUGGCCUUCUCCUGGCCUCACCACCGAUCGACGCUUCAUGGCGACUUUCGGAAGCUGAAGGAAGCGGCCGGGGUCGAGUUCCCGGGCGCCUUCCACCGGCUGCGAUUCGGGUUCGCCAACAGCAACGUGGAUCACCUGCCGGCGGACGUGCUGCAACACCUGAUGCGUCACCGGUCGGCAUCGACCACCCGCAUCUACAUCAACGACCUCGAACGGAUGCGGCGGCAGGAGACGGGGGCCGACGUUCACGUUCCGGCGAUCCUCCGGGCAGGGGCGGCCGGCUGA